UCUCAUCAGUAUCAAACGGACCUCAAACUGCAUCUUGGAAACUCUUUCUUCCCAAAUAUUAUCCUUAUCUCUGCUGCGUCUCCAUUCUUCAAUUAUUUCUUCCUUCUCUCCUCAUCUCGUCACCUAGCAUCUCUUUCAUCUUUCCCAGCUGAUCAUUUAUUGCUAUCAAACCUACAGCCCAUAUUCGGUUAUUAAGAUUAAUCACAUCCCUUUCAUCCAAAGGAAUUAAUGAUGGCUCUUGAAACAUGGUUGGUCAAGGUAAAGAAGACGAUCUCGAGCAGUUUCGACACAGUUCGUAGCGCCACAGUACCAAAAGCUGCAGCAAAACCUGCACUAGUGAUCAAGAAAUCAAGCGUCGGGGUUUUAGCAUUUGAGAUCGCUGGCUUUAUGGCGAAGCUUCUCCAUCUAUGGCAAUCUCUAUCAGACAAGAGCAUCACUCGUCUUCGCAACGAAUCAAUAUCUCUAGAAGGAGUUCGCAAGAUCGUCUCCAAUGACGAAGAUUUUCUACUAGGCCUAGCAUGCGCAGAGAUGGUGGAAAAUCUCAGGCUAGUUGCAAAGUCGGUUUCAAGAUUGAGUAAGAAAUGUGAGGACUCAAAUCUCCGGUCCUUCGAUCGAUGCCUCCAGGAGUUCUCCAACACGGGGCGGGAUCCUCAUCACUGGGUUUUAAGCUGGAAGGAAAUGGAAGCCAAGAUCAAGAAAAUGGAUCACUUCGUUACCAUCACGGCCACGCUUCAUCGGGAGAUGGACGAGCUUUUGGUGGUUGAGAACAGUUUGAGGAAAUCUCAGUUACUGCAAUCCAACAAGGAGCGCGACCUGGGCACGCUUACAUUCAAAGAACAAAAGAUCACUGAGCUGCAACAGAAGCUUCUCUGGCAAAGGCAAGAAGUCAAGUACCUGAAAGAAAGAUCUUUAUGGGGUCGGAGUUUCGACACGGCCACAUUAUUGCUAGCAAAGUCAAUAUUCACCAUUCUCGCUAGAAUAAAGCUUGUUUUUGGCAUUGCUAAUACCAGUCACGGACAUCCAAUUUCUCUACCUCGGAGUCUCUCAGCUUCGGCUACUGUCUACCCUUCUGAACAUUCCAACACGUGCAAUUUUGUGUCCGGGCCAUUGAUGAAAAACCCGAAAUCGGAAGAUGAUCACCACCAAAAAGGUGCCACCACUAAUCCGGACAUUGAUCACGGCUUCUUUGAGGUAAACUCCAAGCCAAUGAAACCGCCUUCCAGUACACUAGGCGCGGCUGCUCUUUCCUUACACUACGCGAAUUUGAUCAUUGUCAUAGAGAAGAUGAUUAGGUCACCCCAGUUGGUGGGUAUUGAUGCCAGAGAUGAUUUAUAUUCCUUGCUGCCGAUCAGUAUUCGUUCGUCGUUGAGGGCAAGACUGAAAGGGGUAGGAUUUUCGGCUAGCGAUCCAUUUCUUGCUGGAGAAUGGAGGGACGCUUUGCAUAAGAUAUUGGGUUGGCUAUCACCAUUAGCACAUAACAUGAUCAAGUGGCAAAGUGAAAGGAGCUUUGAACAGCAAAAUUUGUCGCCCAAGACAAAUGUUCUUCUGCUGCAAACGUUGUAUUUCGCGAAUCAAGAGAAGACCGAGGCGGCCAUAACGGAGCUGCUAGUUGGGUUGAAUUACAUUUGGAGGUUUGAAAGGGAAAUGAACGCUAAGGCCUUGUUUGAGUGCACCACCAACUUCAACGGUUUCUUGAACUCGCAGAAUAAAAUUUCUUCUGAUUAGGUUGAUUAUUACUCGUCUAUUUCCAUCUUUUCCUUUUUUUUUCUCUGUAUUUUUUGGUCUGAUUUAGAAGCGUUCGAUAGUAUAUCGAGGUUUUCCCCUUUUUUUUUUUUUUCUUUUUCGGUUUGCAUUUUUCUACUAUAAUAUUUUAACUCUUCCUCCCGGAGAUCCAGACGGUUUGUUUUGCUUCAAACCCUGAUCUUUGUGUAUGUAUGUAAAAAAAAAAAAUCUUGAUGUAAAAAGGAUGAGAUCGAAGGAGUCAAAUUGCAAAAUAUU